GUGAUGGCUAUGGCUGGGGGCAGUCUGAGAAUGUUCCCGCGUCUCCACCCGCACCUCUCGCCCCAUCCCGAGCACUAUUUGGACUCUCAACCUCUUGACUUUUCCACAAAGAAGGAAAAGCUGUCGCCAACUAAUUUCGGCAGCGACCACAGCGACGACAGCGACCGCUGCAGCCUAACAGAAGGCGGCCUGGGAAUGGUUGCCAACCUGGUUCACGACCGCAAGUUGUGGUCGCGGUCUUCAGAAUCCGGCGUCUCCGUCAGUAGUAACUCUCCCGAACGUCCCGGGUCACCUAGGUCCAACUGUGGCUCACCUAUGGCCUUCAAUCCUGUCCGCCAUCCUCACUACCAACCAGUCCACCACAUGUCUCCCACCUCCCACCUCGCCCACUCUCAACUCGCCCCGCACAUCCCAGCCUCAAUCAACUCUGCCCUCUUCGCCCAGCUACACGCUAACCCGCUUCUCUUCUCCACCCUCCAGUCAGCAAUUGCCAAAUCUAAGAUGGCACAUCCCUUCGGGCCAUACCUACAUCAGCCCAAUCCAUCCCCAACGUCCAAGGACUUUACUCCAGCCCGACCUGGCUGUCCCUCCCCUAGCGCGUCCAGCAGUCUGGGUAUGAGCGGCCUGGAGGGAAGUGGGCUUGGGUCAGGAAGCUUCUGUGCUGGCGGUCCCUCUGCGAAACCCAAAGUUCAGGUUCCAACGAACUUAUCGCCGAACAUUUUGGGAGGAUAUGACGGGCUAGGAGGGCUGGGAGGCGGGAUGGGUUACGGUCUGGGCGGCAGCACCACCAGCAUGAUAAACGGGGAGCUGAACUUCGCUGUGGAGAGCAACGACGCUUAUUCCAGGUUCAGGGAGCAGAUGCUGGCGCAGGUGACAGCCGCCAAAUGUCGGCGCUCCACAGUUGGUCGCAAACCCUCUCACAACAAUAGUGUCGACGUCCCCAUGACCUUCAGGGAUAAGAGCGAGGACAACGACUCCAGGAGUGAUGGAAAUAUUGACGUGUGUGGACUAAACAGCGAAGGCGGGGUUGUGGAGUGUGAGGGAGGAGGGCCGCCCACGGAUGGCGACGGUGACGGUGACGACAGCGGUGACAUGAUGACCUGCUCUUCAGUGGCCUCCAACGGCAAGAGACGCAACAGACAAAACGGCGACUGCGUCAAGGACGACGCCUACUGGGAGAGGCGGAGGAAAAACAACGAGGCCGCCAAGCGCUCAAGGGAUGCCCGGAGAGCAAAAGAAGAUGAAAUCGCCAUCCGCGCCGCUUUCCUCGAGCAGGAGAACCUUAAGCUGAGAGUAGAGGUCGCCUCGCUGAAGACUGAGACGUCUAAGCUGAGAUGCUUAUUGUAUAACAGCUGAGAACUGAGCAACCCGUCCUCUCCAAUGGUACAUAGCAUUUUAACGCAUAAAUCUUCUAAGGGCAAAAACUGACGUACUAAAAAUCAUAUCGGCUCGCAAAAUUGAUGUUAUGUCCCGUUUUCUAUUUGUGGAUCCUCUGUCAGGUUAGUGACGUUAACGCUCGAGAGGAUGGACUGAACUGUCAGUUAAGACUGAGGAGUGUGUGUAGAGCCGCCUCUCCUCCCCACCACUGUGCCUUAUCUUCUACGUCAUUAUCUUUAGCAUCUCUAGCUGCCUCGUGGAGCCUGCGACACUUACUUUAACAUGUGUGCCAGCCCAGGUGUAAAGUGUACAGUUGUGUGAGAAUGGUAUACACACAGGCAAUAUAUGGACGCAUAACAGCGUGUUGGAAAACGUGAUCAGUGAAAAUAACACGUGUAGAGCUGGAGGGAAGGCGAGACCUGUACAUUAACCCGUGGGAUAUAUACACGUGCGUAGGAGUGUGUUCAGGUUACGGACUAUUCAUCAUGCCCGCGCCACCUCUUGGCUGGCUUAAUCUUCAUCAAUCUGUGUUCAUGUUGGCAUCAACAACUCAUGCCAACAUGAGUUGUUCAUGACGGUAUGAGUGAUUAUCUCUCGACACCUCCUGAAGCGACUUCUACCCGGCCACUGCCCGUUAAAAAACAAUGCAGCGCGUCCCAUAGUGCUGGUUCGAUCCCUAUCCUGCGCCAAUGAUUUUCGCAGCGUCCUAAUGUAAUAAAUAAAUAUUAACCAUAGUCUCCCUCUAACCACCGCCACCUUUACUACCAUUUCUCUAUCAUCGUCGCCGACCUCUUCGUCCACUGACAUCAUUCCAUCUACGCGGACCUAUUCAUCCUCACUUGCUUCCCUCCUCCUACAUUGAUGGUAUUUUGUUCUUCUCCCCCCAAUCGUCUCCAUCAGUUUUGUAAGUGACUCGGCGCGAAGGCGCUUGCUGUUGGUGUAGCCUUUAGGUACCAUUAAAGGUACCAUUUAGGUACCAUUAUACCUUAAUAUAAAGAGUUGAGGCCAGUUAGAUACCUUUAUAUUAUAGUGUUAACAAUUAAGACUUGUUAUGUACCAUUAUAACAUGUUAUUAACAAUUACGACCUGAUAGGUACCAUUAUAACAUGUUACAAAGGUUCUUGAUUCUCUACACAUUAUAUUGUUUGUUAAAUAAUUUUCACGGGUUUUCUAAACAAGCUAUGAUCAUCGCACUCUCAUAAUUCAUGUGUUGGUUACGGUCCAAAGUGUAAUAUAAUAAUGAAAUAGUAAUAUAAUAAUAUAAGAGUAAUAUAAUUUAUGCAUAUAUAUAUAUAUAUAUUUUGACAACCCAUCCUCCUAAAAUGAAAGUAUUUACAGUAAGCUAUGAGGUCGAAAGUACUAGGAUGUCGUGAUGGACCACCAGAAAGCAGUUGUUGUUGUUUAAGAUUGGCUACUUGGAACAAAAAGUUCCAAGUAGCACGGGCUAUGGUGAGCCCGUAGUAAAGAAAGCAGACGUUUGUAUCUUUGAAUUUUGACAAAGCAGAAUUUGUUUUGUAUUAGUAACAUAAAUAUUAGACCAAACCUAAUCUCUCCUAGUAGUCUUAGACCUAAUAAAUGCUACCUGAGGCCUAAUAUAGCACAUAUACGUACUAUACUAGGCCUAAUAUAGUACAUAUGUGUACUAAACUAGGUCUAGGAAUAUUUUAAGUUUAAUUUUAAGAAUUAUUUUUUUCCAGACUAUAAAAGUAGUACAAACAAUGGCUUACUGUGCUCUAUUACUACAUAUUAGUACUUUCGAGCGCAUAGUUACGUAAAACUACUCUCAUUUCAGGAGGAUGACAGAUAUUGACCUGGAAAAAGUCUGCUCAUUUUAAUUUUAGAUUGUCUUAGAUUUCUUAAUAUAUUAUUUUAAUAUAUGUUGACAUUUCCGUAAAUGCUGUAAGUCUUUUGUUUUUAACUUGUGUUUUAUUUCGACUCGAAACUUGAGGUUGUAAAUAUAGUUUAGGUUCCUCAGCCAUGCGCAUCCCGCUGCUCAGGUCCCAGUGUUGCCAACAACAAUAUAACAAAAGCAAAUAAAUGAAUCCACUUAAUUCGGUGAUGUAAGUUUUAUUACGUAAUUAUACAGUAAUAAUAACAUGCACUAUGGCAGCCUACUAAUACAAAUGUGUUGUUGUAGGUAGUUAUAAAAGCGACAUUGAGAUCGUUCACCGGUGGAUGAUGUAAUAAGUAGUUUGGUGAUCCUAGGAUCAUUGAAGCGCGCUCGUCCCGACUGAUUAUUUCAACCCGUCCUCUCCAACAGUACAUAACAUUCUGAAUGAAGUACUGAAAACUUUACUAAAAAUUGACAUGAUGUCCCAAGUUCAAGUUCAAAUAUGUUUAUUGAGACAAGAAAUAAAUACAUCUCAAAGG